CACUGUUCUCCAUCGCUCGGUUUCAGCGUUACCUAUCCUCUCCCAGAGCCACCCAGCGUCAGAACAUGGGGUCACUCACAGACGAGGCGUCGGCGUACACGCUGCUCGAGAAGCUCGGCAUGGGGAGCUUCGGCACGGUGUGGAAGGCGGUACACAACGAGACGGGGCAGGUCGUUGCGAUCAAGAUCAUCAACCUCGAGACGACGACGGACGACCUCGACGAGAUCCAGACGGAGAUCGCGCAUCUGCGCACAUGCAUGUCGGACAAGGUCACGCGGUACUACGGCAGCUUCAUCAAGGGCUACCGCCUGUGGAUCCUCAUGGAGUACCUUGCAGGCGGGAGCUGCCAGGAUCUCCUCCAGCCCGGCGUGUUCACCGAGCAGCAGAUCGCGACGGUGUGCCGCGAGCUCCUGCUGGGCCUCGAGUACUUGCAUGCGCAGGGCAAGAUCCACCGCGACAUCAAGGCGGCGAAUGUGCUGUUCUCCGCCACGGGGGACGUCAAGCUUGCCGACUUUGGCGUCGCCGCGCAGCUCUCGGCGUAUCAGUCCCAAAGGCAUACUUUUGUCGGAACCCCGUUUUGGAUGGCGCCCGAGGUCAUUCAGCAGGCGGGAUACGAUGCGCGGGCGGAUAUUUGGUCGUUGGGAAUCACUGCCAUCGAGAUGGCUAAAGGCGAGCCGCCGAUGGCCGACUUCCACCCGAUGAAGGCGUUGUUUCAGAUUCCCAAGCUCGACGCGCCGCGCCUCGAGGCGACGUACAGCGCCGAGUUCCGGUCCUUUGUCGAGACGUGUCUGCAAAAGGACCCCAAGAACCGCGCUACCGCUAGGGCGCUGCUGCAGCACCCCUUCAUCCGCCGGGCUGGGCCCACGUCGGACCUCGAGUCGCUCGUGCGGAGAUACCUGACCUACAAGGCGAACCAGAAGCGGAAGACGCCGUCCAAGCCAGACCCAGCGACGAUCAUGGGCGGGACAGUCAAGACAGAGUGGGACUUUGACGACACCAUCCGCGGGACGCUCAAGGGCGUGCCGGUGCAGCUCAGUCUCGAGGCGAUGGAAUCGACAGCGUCGGCGUCGAGUACAAUCAAGGCGCCUGCCACUACCAAGCCCCCGCGCGACCCGCCACGCCCAGAGUCCAGCUCGCGCGAGCACACAAUCAAGGCGCGGCCGCCCAAGCCCGAGAGCUUGGUCGACCAAGUCAUUCUCCCGGCGCUCGACUCGGUCGCGCACCGGCACCCGGGGUCGCGGGAUGAUCUGAGUGCGAUCCGGGCUGGGUUCGCGGCCCUGGGCGUGAGCAACCCGACUUUGGCGCGCGAGAUCGUUGAUGCUGUGGUGCAACGGGUUCAGGCCCGGUCACCGUCCGAGGGCGAGUUACCUCAGCCCCAGGCUGGGCAAGGGCAGGCUGAUCUGAUCACGGAGCGGAGUCAUGUGGCGAGCCUACUGCUGCAGCGAUGGCUGGAAAGUAGUACUCAAGUGCCUGCUGGUUGAGAUUACAGUAGGGCUGUGCAUGCAUGUGCUAUUACGUAA